CACCAGCAAAAAGACCCUGCCGUCGUCUUCCCCGAACUCCAAACCUUCGAAACUUGAAGAAGAAGAAGAAGAAAGUUAGCUCCAAAAAUGUCGAAGCUUGGUGGCCUCUUCCGACCUGCGAUCAGGUCCAACCUCGCCGCCCGUACGGUCGGAGCAAGUCCCGGCGGCGCCUUCUCCGUCGCUUCUCUCCUGGAACGGCCAAGACAUUUCUCGACGGAAUCGGAGCCACAUGACGCUGCCGUCGAUUCAUUUCUCAGAACUCAGUCGUCUGGUUCGGUUUAUGGGAGAUUGACUGGUAUUACUGCAAAUACAUUGAGGACGGACAUUGUCCGUUUACUAGAAGGGUGUGGCGUCACUCUGGAGGAUGUAAAAGUUGAGCACAACAGGCUGUAUUAUCCCAUUGCAGUGAUGGUACAUUUCUCCUUUCUUCAGGCCUACAAUCAGGCUGGUAGGGAGAUUAACAAGAAGGGUGGCAUUUACAAAUUGGAGAGGGCUGGGCAAAGGCAGUGGGAUCUUGUUAAGCCUUAUGAUGGAAAAAGUGUUUUACUGCAAGGGAUUCCUCGAGAAGGAACUUUGGUAGAUAUAGAACGCUUUCUGUCUGGUUGCCAGUAUGAUGCAUCGUCCAUCGAUAUGUUUAUGAGAGCGGCAAUCAAAGAUAAGUUGGCAACUGUUCGGUUCCCGUCGCAAACCCAAGCAAUGAACUGUUUCAUAACGAAGAACAAGGGCUACUGCCUGAGUAAUCAAGUCUUAGUGCGUGUUCUUCAGUGAUGGCGCUUUUUUGUUUCAUUGUUUCCAUAAAGAGGACAUUGCUUCAGGAUAUAAAAUGAAGAAAGGCGUUCGUAUGAUCAAAACCUGACUUUCAUCCAAAUCUGGUCUUGAUGUAGCAUAAUUGGACAGUAGUUUGAAAGGAUGGGUAGACAAUUAUUGAUUUUUCAGAUUUAUGGUUUUGCUUUGUUUGGAGAGAAUCCUUGCUAGAGCGGUGAAUUUAGAUGAACUUUUAUGGAAGAAAGUUGUCUCCAAUACCCCUUGUGCUUUGUUGGGAGAUAUUGUUUUGUUUCUGCCACAUUAAAAGGAAAGAAAUUUGAUUGGAAA